GUUAGCAUAUCAAAGACAUUUAUUUACAUUCACAUUGUGAUUUCGGCAGGAUCAAGAGCUAUAGCGCGCGCGCAGAGCAGGGUCAACAGCACACACGCACACACACGCUCUCCCUCACCGCAGGCAGAGACAACGCUCCUGCAGCCAUGCAUGCGUAAGCCAAGGCACGCAAUGAAACUUAUCGAUCGCCCUUCGACGAGGGUAACGCGCGCGGCAUCCAUCGGUUUGCUACGGCUAUCGGCAGCGCGCACAGGGUAAGGCUGACUUUUCCGCGCACGACGAGGAUGAGAGCGCAUGCAUUUGCCAAUCAGCUAGGAGAACCUUCGACGACAUGUGGGCAGACUCGCAUAGGCAGCACGCCCGAGUAUCACGCUGACCGCGGCAUCAACAUCCAGACGGGGAACACCGCCUUUCUUAUGAGCAUUGACCUACGGCGGUCCGUCGAUCAUACCAAGCACGCAGCUGUAUUCUCCUAUCAAUGCUCAUUAUGGCUCCAUCAAGGGAUGCCAUCCCUCCCUCCAUAGCCGAACCCCUUUGCGCAGAAUCUCAAACACGCUCGCAGCGGCGGUGCAAUGUAUCACGGACAAGCGUCAGAGGUCCGCAUGUAUGCGCUCGUUAUGGACCCGCCCCCCUUCAACGGGACCGGCGCAGCAACAAUAGGGGCAGCCACACCAACGACUCUUGCUUGCAAGAUACAUCCACCAAGAGCUGCUUCGUCAGAAGAAAGGCAGCGUUCAGCGCAAAGGCGCAUUCAUAACAUUCUCGGAGCAUGCUUGGCGAAGUCGAAGCGCCGAAAUGCUUCACGAAGUGCAGCUCCUCGGUACCUUGCAACUUUCCGCUAGCACGCUUGGGAGACGAGGCCGCGCAGUGUCUGCCUCCGCGAAGGGCCGGGCCAGGGUGUAGAUCGACUGGCAUCAAAGAGCUGCCAGAGCGCAGCAACUCGAUGGGCUUUCCCGCCAGACCGGCGCGUGUACACAAAUCGAACUGCCUGGUCGGGACCUGUGCGACGCCAGGCACGUUCACAUGAGCGCUCCCUCUAGAUCCAAAUUUCAAAAUUGAUGAAUGGAGACACGCGGCACAUUAAGCAAACGUACGAGGUCACCCAAAUUGACGUACCGCGGACGCGCCGUACCUUGGCGCGCGGGCGCAGUCAACAAUGUGAAUCCGAACCAUCUGCUUCCAGCAGCACCACCCUGCGACCCGGGCUGGCUGAAGGUAAUGCGCGGCUUUCUGCAGCCGCGUGUUGCAACAGCCGUAUCCAGCAGCAGCUACUCAAGCCAUGCGUCGCUGCCAGCAGCGCAGCAGUACCUCACACGGCUCCCAUUGCUUCAUAAAGGGCCAACCUUAGAUUUUCGAGGCCGGGCUACAGCUGACACCUCUCCACCAUCGCAUCCCAAAUCUUUCCACUUCCUUUCCACGCUCACUUGGCUGUCCUCCCUUUCCACACUCCUCGCUUGUCAAGCACAGCACGCUUUGCUGACGCUUGUGAUGCGCUUCUCGCUCUCAACUCGGGCGCUAUGCCCACUCCUCCUGGUCCUUGCUGCUCUCGCCCUCAGCAGCAGCAGCGUCCAGGCAGCUGCUGCCCACCCAUCCGUCGUCCGCCGCUCCAGCAU